UUAUUAUAAAAAAAAAUUGGUAUUUCAUUAUUCAUUUUUAAAAAUGUAAAAAAGUUGUAAAAUCAUUAUAUUUUAAUAUUAAAAUCUAAAUACAGAUUGUAAUAUAUUUAAUAUACAAAAUAUCAAUUCAGUAUUUAUGUGAGGAGUACAAUAAAUUUAAUAUAGAAUGAAAAAAUGUUCAGAAAAUUGCUCCCAACAAAAUAACGUGACCGUAGAGCAUCUGAGAAGAACUACUUCACUCGACGCACUAUCGCCAUGGAACUCGUCAUUAGAUAUAAUUCUUUUAGAUAAAGCAACUCAGACUGAGUGGUCGCCUAUUGAAGGCUUAGAAAAUAUAGAGAAUACAACUUCAUCGGAAUCACCAGUAAUAAGAGAACAUUUAGAAAAUUCACAAACCAGCGAAACAGUUAGCAUCCAAACAGUGCAAUCAAAACCAAUUCACGGAUUUCCUAGUUCAACCUUAAUGCCAGUUAAACCUGGAACAAAUAUACAUAUACGACAUAUGAGAAGCUCAGUAGAAGGAUUAAAUCAAGAAAUAGAAAAAUUAGUUCUAUACACUGGACAAAAAAAUUCUAGUCAGAAUGAAUUAUGCCCGAUUGCUGGUGGUACACCAGAAGGGCACAGAGCACCUGUAGCUGAACUAUUUCAUGAUAGUAUGAGAUCGGUUAAUACACAAACUCCAAUGGGAGAUAUAAUAUCAUCAGAUGAAAGUCCAUCCUCUGAUGAUCGGAGUAAUACACCAAGUGCAUCUCCAAGAAUUAAUAGAUUUUUAUCAAGAGAACCUCCUGACGGAUGUGAAAGAAUCUCAACCAAAAUUGUUGAAAAAGUUAAAGCAGGAGAUUUCAAACCAAAUGUGGGCUCGCUUGUUAUAUCACAAGCAUCUGCUUUUACACCGUUACAACAGUUGAAUACAGAAAAAAUUAUUAGUGAACAGACUGAGUAAACAUUUUCAAGUAUUUAAGAUGAAAAAAAUAUAUAUAUUUUUAAAAGCAUUUUGUUACUGAAUAGAAUUAAAAUUUUGGAAGAAAUGUGGUAUGAAAAAAGAAAUGAAUGUUUUAAAAGAAAUUUUUAGUUUUUUGAUUUUAAUUUAAAAAAAAAAUAUACAUAUUUCAUUUUAUUUAGAUCAACUAAAUUAAAAAUUAGAAAAAUAGCAUAUAUUUUAAUGCAUUUUAAAAGUAUUAAUGUGGUUUAUUGUGCCAGUUACAUAUAAUAUUAAGAUACUUGUACCUGAAUCAUUAAAUAAUA